AUGUCAUACCAUCCCUAUAACAAAAUCGUGCGAUUUUUUUGUAAACAAAAGGCAACUUCAAUCUAGUGACAUUUUCGAGCCCUCCCCCCUUUUGGAGCUAUUCAUUUGUUGGAAUCUGACACCCUACACUGCUCCGAAAUGGAAUCUCCCAGUGCUCGGACACCCGGCAGUUCUCUGGGGGAUUGCGAGAACAAGAGCAGCAACGGCAAUGGGAACACCUCGAGGAUGCAGGGAAUCUACCACGAACGACAGACCCGGCAUUUGUGCGGCCUGCACGCCCUGAACAACCUAUUCCAGACCCCGGACAUGUUCUGCAAGACGGAACUGGACGACUACUGCACCACACUGACGCCGCGCAACUGGCUGAAUCCCCACCGGUCGUGGAUCGGGUGGGGCAACUACGAUGUGAACGUGAUCAUGUACGCCCUGCAGCAGAGGAACUGCGAGGCGGUGUGGUUCGACCGUCGCCGGGAUCCACACUGCCUCAAUCUGAGUGCCAUCUUUGGGUUCAUCCUGAAUGUGCCGGCGCAGAUGAGCCUCGGCUACUACAUCCCAUUGCCCUUCCAGAUGCGCCACUGGCUGGCAUUGCGGCGCAUCAACGGCAGCUACUACAACCUGGACUCCAAAUUGCGGGAGCCCAAAUGUCUGGGCUCCGAGGAGAAGUUCCUCGAGUUUCUGGCCAGCCAUCUGCAGACGGACCACGAGCUGUUCCUAGUCCUCAACGAGGAGGAUGAGGAGAAGAACCCGCAACGCUGGCUGUUGCCGCAGUUCAGGGACUAAAGUUGUGGUUAUGCGAAUAAAUUUAACAUGGUGCGACUAACAAAACUAUCAGUUAUUCAAUCAUUUACUUUAGGAAACUAACCGAAAAGUGCCCUAGUAUUUAAAUUACAUUUUAAUAUUUACCCUAUUAUGCUCUUUAAAUGGAUAAUUUGUGACCUUAAGACCGCAAUCGUUUAAGCAAUGUAAUGGUAAUAAAAUCCAAAGAAAAAUCUA